AGCAUAAUGACAAAUAAAAUAUUUAUGGGUCAAUUUUGCUUGGAGUAAAAAUCACCCAAAUAAUAUAGUAUGGAGCGGUGGCCCAUUACAUAUGAAUUGUGAACAUGGUGCAGAUCUAUGGAUGAAAAGCAAGUCGUAUGAAAAAGAUAACAUAAUUGCAAUCAAAGCUGUAAAGUACAUGGAUGAAAUCUUCGUAAGCACGCCCAGGUUAAAGCCUGGUGUUUUGGCGGGUGUAUGGCUCUUGAUUCAAGCAAAUAAGGGGGUCGAAUUGCAACCAUUCCCGGAAUUACGUUCGCACCAUAUUGCUGACUGUAGAGCUUUACAAAACGUCAUCGACAUGCAUUUAGAUAAUUUAGGAAAUCUAUGGGUUCUCGAUAGUGGAAUCAUAGAGACUUUCGUUUCACCCCGCUGCACGUGCCCUCCAAAGAUAGUAAGCAUUAGCCUGCUGUUGAAGAAACUGACUAAACAAAUCGAUCUUUCGCAUUUAACCGAGCCAACUUCCAUGCUACAAAAUAUCGUCGUCGAAUACACCAUUGCAGGAAAACCUUUCAUGUAUGUCUCCGAUGCGUCUCGAGGUGCAAUAAUAGUGUACGACGUCGCAAAAGAGUCGGGUUGGCAUGUGACUGCAUGCUCUGCAUCACCUGGAAUCCAGCUAGCGCUGGUGAAGCGAGGGCUGGCACAAUCCGUUCUAGUGUUGAUUAGUCUUAACAGGCCUGGCAUUAUGGAGCUGGAUACUGGAAUAUUGAAAAGGAAGAACGCUCAUUCAACAUUACGAGUGUUCGGGGAGCAUACGAAACCGGUGGUAUUGUUAGGCUUUCACGCACACCACGUAUAUUUGCGACACACGGAUUGCACAGAUGUACUCUCCUGGGAUACUCGCCUCAUGUAUAAUUCAUCACACUUGACGGAUAUCCAUUCAGCAGGGCCACGACUUGUGCCUACGUCAGUCACUGCCGAUCAUAAACGCAAUUUAUUGAUAUUGGAUUCAAACUAUGGCGACGCAGUUCAAAGCAAUGUUCCUGCGUAUCAUAGAAUUACCUUUGUAAGUCAGCCUUAGAACUGCAAUAAAUUGGAAUAUUAA